AGGGGUCAAAGUUCACUCCUUUUUUUCGUCUCAGCCUCUCAUCUUUACUUUUCUCAUUGAAAAACAAUUCCCCCAAGACACAUGCUUUGGAGCUUCACAUUCUCAGUUCAAGAUCUCUCAGUUGGAGUUUAAGUCUCUUUUUUAUUUAAGCUGAGCUAGUGCAAAUGGAGAGUGGAAUAGAUGGUGAUGCUCCUUUAGAUUAUGCCACCAUUCAGGUUUUUCCAUCUGAAAACAGGUUUGAAGCUUUUGUUUGCGGUAACAACAAAGUAGAAAAACUGUCUGUUGGGCUACUGGAACAACUCUUGCCACAUUUACCUGGAGUAAAUGAUUUGUAUGCCAAAGGAUCCAAUUGUACAUUUACCCUUGAACUGCCUGAAGAAUUCAGUCCUGCAGUGUGGUUCACAAAAUCAACCAUAAACAGAUUCCUACAAAUUGUGGCUUUUACGGAUUUUUUAAAUACUGGCAAGGGUAUAGAAGGAGAGAUAUCUCAGUUGGAAGCAGCCAGAAAAUUCCAAUUAUAUUUGUCUGCGCAGGUCCACCAGAAUCUAUCUGAAGGACGGGACACAGGCUGUAACUCAAUUGAUACAGCGAUAAAUCUGAAACAUGAAAGUGGUAGUGCAUCAUCAGUCGCUUCAAAGAAUGAACUGUUACGAGCUAUAGACUUGAGACUCACAGUACUAAGAAGGGAGUUAGCUGCAGUUUUAGAGCACGCUGCUGGUGCCAGCUUCUCUUCUACGGAAAUUAGUGAACUAGCAGAGUUCUAUGAAAAUUUUGGAGCAACAGAUUUGAAGAACAUUUUCUGCAAGCUUUUGGCUAUGAAUCAAAAUUGUGAUUCUGAUGGCCCCCUAAAUGAAGGCAAGUCCUCCGUAACAAGUAAUGUACAUAAGAUAGAUAGCACAAGUAAUGUACAUAAGGUAGAUAGCGACAUUCAGAUAUCAAAACCAGUAAGGUCAGUGACUGCGGUAAAAUAUGGUGUGUCACCAGCGAAAGUGGCUGAGAUUGAGCGGCUGAGCUCAACAGAAAGUGAGGAGUCUUCUGACGAUAGUGAGAGAAAUAGAACAUCUGCAGACAGAAGUCGAGCUCGCAUAAGAUCUGCAUCACCUAGACGGUCAGCUUCGCCAAUGCGGAGGAUUCAAAUAGGGAGAACUGGUUCUCGUAGGCCAAACUCGCUAACUGUGAAGAGCCUUAGUCAUUAUCCUGGUAGAGAAAGUUCAACAUCUCAUAGGGAUGUAGCUGCAAAUACUAUGGGAGACGAAGGAUCUGAACGACCUAGUCAGAAACCUGAGAAUAAUGCAAGGAGCCUGACUGUUCAAGAUGCAAUAAAUCUUUUUGAAAGGAAACAGAAGAAUCAGACUGCAGAUGUUCAAAGCCGGCUCUCAUUAACAAACAUCUCUCUUUCUGCCAAUAAAUCUGUGCUGAGAAGAUGGAGUGCAGGUAUGGAGAAAUCCUCAUCCCAGUUGGAGAUGGAAGUUGCUUCCGAAGACUCUGAUACAAUGGUUCCCAAUGAUGUGGAUGGAAUGAAUUCAAAGUCUUUGGUAGAAGUAAAACAAGAGCCUGAUCUAGUAUCAGGACUUCAAAAUCCGGUUGAUACGGUUGCCAUGAGUACAGAUAUGCAAAGAGGAGAAAAAGUGGGACCUGAUUCUGUAAAUAUUCAACAGGAAGCUAUGGUAACCAAAAAGGUAGAAACUAAUGGAGGAUCAACAGCGUCAUUAGAAUGGAGCAGUCGAAAGGAAGCGGAACUAAACCAGAUGUUAAAAAUGAUGGAGAAACAGCCUGUCAACAACUCAAAGCAUCAACCAAGCAGAAAUCAAAAUCUCCCAUCAGAGGUUAGAGGUGGAUUUUAUAACCACUACAAGGAGAAGAGAGAUGAGAAACUAAGAGGGGAAAAUGCUAAAAAGCGAACAGAAAAAGAAGCACAAUUUAGAGCGAUGCAGCGAAUUCUUGAUGAAAGGAAAGCCGAAAUGGCCUCUGCAAAUAUGAAUGAUGUUAGUAAAAAACUACCCUUGUGUAAGCCCCAAAACUCGCUAAAGAGCCUGCAUCACAAUGAAAAUUCCAAGAAAGAAACCGCAAAAUCUUCUGCCACGAAGAAGGUUUCAUCUAAACCGACCCCCUCACCUGCAUCUCGUAAAUCAUGGCCUUUAACAGCAUCACAAAGAUCCAUAACAGCACCUGCUAAAGCUCCUGCUGGGAUUUCAUCUGGGGGUAUUACACCAACACAAAGGAAAUCACAGCCAACACGAUCACUUCCUCGUACAAGCCCAAAGGUGGAAAGAUCCCAGUUAAGACCGAGGAAUCUGAAGGAAAGCCUGCCCGUUAAUAACCCGAGUUUGAAGAGUGUGAAUGAGAAAAAGCAGCAACCAGUGAAAAAAGGUGGCAGAGCUGCAAAAGCCAAGGUUGAGGAUUCUUCUAGAGAUUGUUCUGGCAUUGUUCCAGCAAAGCCUAGUUUCUAUAACAAGAUGACUAAGAAAAACAGCAUAGUGCCACUGGAAUCAAAGUCUGUUCUGCGUAAGGGACCUGCUGGUUCUAGGGUAGGUCCUCUUGUCGAGAAGAAAAAACAUUCUUCUGACUUAGAGGAUUCUUCAAAAAACUGCACAACUUUGACCAAAUCUCAGGAAAACGAAGUGGUUGUCAAAACUUCUGUCGAAAUGUGUGAGGAUCAUCAUGAUGCCCCUGCAGAGGCAGAAACUCUAGCAAGCAGCACUCAGAGUUCUGGUGAGAUGGAGAAGUGUAACAAUGAAGCUGCUGAAGUUACCGAUGACUUCCAAAAUAUGGCAGAGCCUUCAUUAGAAAUUCUAGCUGAAGAAGAGUUGACAAUCUCUCCCUCCGCCUGGGUGGAAAUAGAAGAGCACGAAGACGUUCCUCAUCCUGGUGAUGACUGCAAAUCUCUACUUUUGUCACCUGCCGAUGGUGCAGCAAUUGGAUUGCCAAGUACUCGUGUCCGCCAUUCUCUUUCACAGAUGCUGCAAGAAGAAAGUAGUGAACUCGAUAACAUAGCAUGGGGAAAUGCUGAAACUCAUACUGCCAUUUUCUCUGCAAAGGAUGCUCCCAAAGGAUUGAAGAGGCUCUUGAAAUUUGCUCGGAAGAGUAAGGGAGAUGCAACUAUAACCGGUUGGUCAAGUCCAUCAGUCUUUUAUGAAGGAGAGGAAAAUGCUGAAGAAUCUGGAGCUUCUAGUACGAGAAACACAGACAAUCUGCUGAGAAAGGCAGCUCUUAAUGUAAAAACUGAUGGGCCGCAAAGGAGUUUGGCCUCUAGAGGAAAUGACAAAUAUAUGAAUGCUUGUGAACUUCCAUCUGCUCAACAAAAUAUAAGUAAAUUUGAGGCGCAGAGUUCCCACAGGUUGCAUAAAGGCAAUGUCCCAGCUUCAACCUCUGCGACUAAAGGAACGAAGUCAUUCUUUUCGCUUUCGGCAUUUAGGGGAAGCAAACCUAAUGAAACAAAAAUCCGUUGACUGUGAGAUAUCUGAUUGUGGAGAGUAGGUCUUUAUUAUUUGCUUUCACCCGAAACCAUAUGCAGGCUAUAUUUGGCUUGACAAAUAUCCUUCUAUGUGAUUCUCACGUUUAACUGCAUGUCAUGUAGAUUCAAUGUCUUAUAGUAUGAACUUAUAUGCAUUGUUCCCUGUGAACCAGUUUAGGCCACGGUUUGCCAGUUGGCCUCGCCCUGUAUAAGAAUCACUGAAUUGUUCUGCAAGUCUGUAAGCUUUGCUGACCUUGAAAUCAUUUUAAGGCUUGAUUAUGUACACAUGUAGCCAAAGGAAGCACGUUACUGCACACUGAAAGUGAUAUUGGUUUUUUCGAGUCCA